AUACCAAGGAACAUCCAAUAUCGAAGUGGUCUCGCUUGUUGUGUAGUGUGUACAGUGUUGCUUGUAGUCUGCUUAAGCCAGAGUAGAAGCGGUGAUACAAAUGCCAUCUGGCACAGCCGACAUUAGAUUUUGAGCAUCAUUUUCCAAAAUGAUGUCGAGAUCCGUAAGAGCUGAAACCCGAAGCCGAGCUAAAGAUGACAUUAAACGUGUCAUGCAAGUCGUCGACAAAGUUCGACAUUGGGAAAAGAAAUGGGUGACUAUAGGAGACACAACUAUGAAAAUCUACAAAUGGGUUCCAGUUUCCAGUAGUGAACAGAAAAAGAAGAUGAAAGACCACAACAAAGAGAACACACCUUCACGGAAAGCAGCCCUGGAUUCCUCAAAUUCCAACUUUGGACUUGAAGAUUCUAACACAUGUUUCUCUGUUGUUAGUGAUUCUCAAGGGCCCACAGACUUCUCUGCUCAGCUCGGUUUUUCUGAAGACUCAAACUCUCAGAGCAGUGAACCAAGCAGCAAACGAACAAAAACAGAGUAAAUAUGGACUGGUUGCUGCACCCCAGAGAUGUGGUCACACACUUGUUUGUGCUGCUUUCAAAAGUGAAUUGACAGAUAUUAUUUGCACUAUGUUGUAUUUCCAAACUAUUAUAUGCAAUAUUUGCAAGUGAUACCUAUUUUCUAUUGGAAGCUGUUUCUGUUGAUUAUAUGAUUUCCUAGCCUUCUUGUGAGAGAAUGAGAACAGUUCAAACAUUUGCUUUGCAAGCAAUACUUAAGUUGUGAAUAAUUACUUUCCUGGCACAUGCUUGUGCCUGUUGUAUUUAUACUUUCUGUGGCAUUAGUCAUAACAUAUUGACCUGUAUGGAACAUCUAUGUAUGAGAAACAUGCUGCAAUGUUUGUGUGUCUUUUUUUUAUGCAAUAUUAGAUCUGUAAAUAUAUAUCUUUUGCGUGGAAUUGUGUGAAUUAGUUAAUAGCUUAAUAUUCAGUGAUGGGAAGGAAAAUUUCCAUUGACUUUCCACAACCCCAAUCUUAAAACUUUGUUACAAAUUGAUUUACAGUACUGGAAAAACCUGUUUCCAUUUGUGCCCUAGUUAUUAACAUUGUAGAUAUUGGCUUAUUUGAUGGCUUUUACAAAUCAUAUUCAGUGUAACUUUAUGAUAACUGUGCAAUGAGCAAGCUAACUCAGACCCAUGCUGAAUUAUUUCAAAUUCUUUUUUUCUACAAUAUUGCUUCAGUGUUGUGAACUUUAUAGAGAAAAAUAAUUUUUCUGCCACAGUUGAAAAAGAAAGGGACACUGGAGAAAAUUUCAUGGCAAACUUUGAUAAAGAGACAGUAUCUAUAUCACUGAGAGGAAAUUGGUACCAAUUGCAGCAUGGGGGCAACAAAAAUUCAGUUUUCAAUAUUUUGUGUAAUGAUUGACAGACUUAAAAAUUUUUAAGUGCUGCCCAAAACUAAUCAUUAAGAUGUAUAAUCUGAUCUGAGUGUUUGUUUUGAGGCAGUGUAACUGCCGGCGCACAAAUACAUGGACUUGAUUCAUCCAGUAUUUGAGAAUCAGAGCACCUAGCAAUUUUCAACAAAGUUUAGACAUUUCAGACUUCUAUGAAACUUUUUCUCACUGACACCCUGAACAAAAAGGUAAAAGCAAAACAUUUAUCACAUUUUGGCUGUUCAUGCAGUCAAACUUGAGCAUCAGGAAUAACUUUUAAAUUUAUUACUUCUUUACUACGAACUUCAUUUGCAACACUGCAUGCAUGCAUGCAUGCAUGCAUGCAGCAGCUACAUAAUCUCGUACCACAUGUGCAAAAUUAUCACUACACACCACACAGUUCAGGAGAUGUGACAUCAUAAACAUGGAGAUUUGUGAAAAACUAGCUUUUGCUUAAAGUGGAGGACAAAUUACCCAAUUUAUAUUCAUCCAGUGUUUCACAAUGUCUCCCAACAAACUAAUUUCAAAACUUUCAUUAUUUUUCUCUUGCUUUCGUGCUUAAAGGCAGAUAUUUAACACAUUUACUCAUUUGUAAUAGGGCAUUUGAAGCUGUUUUAUACAUGGGAGUUUGAGUCUGUUAAAGAAUCGAGGAUUUACUGGUAUGAUCUAACUGGUAAUUUGUGGUCUGAAUUGCCAGACAGAGUAGAGAUGAUGAUCUUUGCACUGUAUUAAUCUUCACUAUGUACUGAAAGUAUCUGUAGGUUUGAAGAACCUGAAUGUUUAAUGUGGCUCUUAACUAUGGCAAAGUAGAGCAUUAUGUUUUGAUAAAUGAAAAAUUCAGCUGGAGCUUAGAUGUCAAGGAAUAUAUUUGCAGAUAUUUGUGUGUUUGUAUAAACUGUAUGAAGUUUUCUGAAAUUUAAUUGCAGGUUUCUGUACCUUACAGGCUUCGGUAAUCUGUUUCUGCAUUUAUUUGUUAGCAGUGAAAGAAAGCCAUCCUUUAUAUUAAGGGAUGACUUAACAUUUUUUGGCUUUUUCAUUAUAAAAUUAUUUGGAGUUUUCUGAAUAAAACAGUUUCACCCUUCUAAGUGAA